UGAAGAGUUAGUUCCCUUAUAGAAACUAGUUAGACAAAUGUCAACUUUCAUCUCACCAUUUUGCUGACUGAACUAUCAACUAAGUUAUACCGUACUGAUAUUAUGUCCAGUUUGAAAGACGCGGUUAUUAAAAAGAAUCUCCGGGUAUUAAACAUCUACCUGUCAAGUCCUAGUGUAUCAAAUGACGAGAAAGCUGAGGCACUCCUUGUAGGUGUAAAAGAACAGGCGACGGAAUGUGUGCAAUGUUUACUUGAUUCAGGCGCGGAUAUAACAGUUAGUGACCGCAGUGAAAAGACUUUGUUGAUGUUAGCUGUGUCCUUAAAUGAUGACAAAACAACAAAAAUACUCUUAGAAGCAAAAUGCAGCCCUAACUUAAGGGGAAACGCAAGGUGUGCGCCGCUUCAUAUCGCAGCGAAAAGUAGUUAUGACGACUGCGCGGAACAUUUGAUAACUUAUGGCGCGAAUUUAAAUUCCAAAGAUUCAGAUGGCUGUACACCCCUGAUAUGUGCCGUGAAAAGCAAAUGUUACAGAGUAAUUAAAAUGUUAUUGGAAGCUCAGUGUGACGCAAAUGCGACUGAUCAUGAUGGGAGGUCCGCUCUUCAUUACGCUAGCCAAAGAGCGAUGGGCAUAACGGUAGAAAUGUUGCUAAAUGCGGGGGCUGAUCCUAAUAUAUGCGACAAACAGAACAACACCGCGUUGAUAAUAGCUGCUUCAGAGGGAUUUGAUAAAAUUGUUUCCAUUCUGUCCUUAGCUAAAUGCGAUGUCAACAUUUCCAACAAUUCAGCUAGAAAAACAGCUUUACACAUACUGUCCUUUAAAGGUCAUUCGACUUGUAUCGAAGAUCUUAUUCUUGCUGGAGCAGAUAUUAAUUCGGUUGACAGCACCUGGAAGACACCAUUAUUUUAUGCUACCGAUAAUAAUCGAUUUGAAGUAGUUAAACUUUUGCUUAAAGCUAAUAGCAAAGUUGACUUGUUCCAAUGUUCAAAUGACAAUCCUCUUGAAGCAUGUCCAGUAAGAAUGGCCUUUAAAAAGGGUUUUGUUAAUAUAAUAAAGUUGUUCAUUUUGACCGGUUACGACAACGCACACCUCAAAGAGUGUCUGUCUGGAGACACAGUAAGCGAAGAGUGCAGAUCUGAACUUUCGCAUUGGUUUCAUAAUGCCAGUGAUGUCAUGGCAUUGCGUGGUAUAUGUCGAAAGUGGAUUCGACAUCAUCUUGGCAACAUGUUUUACCACGAUUUAAAAUCUCUUCCAAUUCCCGAUAAACUAAGGGACUUUUUAUUAAUGAAGGAACUGGACAGUGAGAUCCUUUAAUGUUAGGAAAUAGUUUAGAUUUACCCCAAAAGGUCUUUAUAUCAGGGAAAAUAGGUUUGUAUACCCCAAAUAAAAACAUCAACUCAUCUACUCAAUCUCCAUUGUUUUGUGUCGUUACACCGAUAUAACCCCCCCCCCCCCCCAAUCUAUGGAAUGUAGGAUUUGUCACGACCUGCCAUACCAUAAUUAGAAUUCAGUUUGAAAUUGUAGCAAAAUAUACCCUGACAGCACUACAUAGAAUUCGGACAAGCGCAACAACUGUUAGAUUCUGUAACCUCCAUCGUACAGAUAUCACAGUAUUGCUUUUCGCUGUAGGUCGUUUUACAUUAUCAAAUACAACGGAAACUACCGUAAUUUAUCAAGGAAUACUUAUUGACUCUGACGGCUGACUAUGUCUUAUGAAGCAUGAUUUUGUAGUAGAUGUAAUAAAGUAAUUAAAAAAGAUA